GCAAUUUUAUAAUAAAAGAAAAAGGAAAAGAAAAGAGAAAAAAAUUUGCAUUAUCCCGUAGUCUUAGCUGCCCCGCCCGUUAACUGUUUUAAGGAUGAGCCCUCCAACUCCAACGUUUUUCUACAGAGAGAGAGAGACGAUGAAUGAAAUAUAGAAAUCGAUUUUAUGGAAUAAGGUUUUGUCCGAAUGUACAAUGAACACUGAUCAAGAUCGACACCAAUCUCAGCGGCCGGUACCGCUCAAGGAUGCGUCGCCGUCGCCCGCGGCGGAGCCGCCGCCCAAUUCAAAUGCUCCGUCUAAAAAUCCCGAUGCCAUCUUGAGCGGUGGUGGAACCAGCAAUCUCACUAGAGAUAAGAAUGGAAGGAUAAGUUAUGGAUAUUCCAGUUUCAAGGGUAAACGUUCAUCCAUGGAGGAUUAUUACGAGAUUCGGAUAUCAGAAGUGGAUGGUCAAAUGGUUGCCCUUUUUGGCGUUUAUGAUGGGCAUGGUGGGUUCCGAACUGCAGAGUACCUUAAGAAGAAUCUCUUUAAUAAUCUCAGAAGCCACCCUGAUUUUAUCAAAGAUACAAAGUUAGCUAUCGUUGAAGCUUUUAAACAAACUGACACAGAGUACCUCAAUGAAGAGAAAGGUCAACAGAAAGAUGCAGGUUCGACUGCAUCAACUGCUGUCCUUGUGCAGGACAAGAUAUUUGUUGCAAAUGUGGGAGAUUCUAGAGUUGUUGCUUCUAGAGCUGGUUCAGCAAUUCCAUUGUCGAUUGACCACAAGCCUGAUAGGACUGAUGAACGUGAACGGAUUGAAAAGGCUGGUGGUUUCAUCGUUUGGGCUGGUACAUGGAGGGUUGGUGGCGUUCUUGCUGUUUCUCGAGCAUUUGGAGAUAAACUUCUUAGACCAUAUGUAGUGGCGGAGCCUGAAAUUCAGGAAGAACAAAUUGACGGUGUAGAUUUUCUUAUAAUUGCAAGCGACGGCCUAUGGAAUGUCCUCUCAAAUAAGGAUGCUGUAAACAUCGUGCAAGACAUAGCAGAUGCUGAAGCAGCAUCAAGAAAACUGGUGGAAGAAGCCUACGGCAAGGGGAGUUCCGACAACAUCACCUGUUUAGUCGUUCGAUUUGAGAACUGACAAUCAGACAACAACAUCGUAUCCAUUGAUUUCGUGUUAUAGAUUCUUCCUUUUCUUCGAUUAGAGCCUGUGAUCAUAGGAGUCUGUUUUUCCUUAUUGCAGAUUUGAGCAGUAUGCAACAACAUGCUUCUGUUUCUGGUAGUAUUUGGCUAUGAAGCUAAAUUCAACCAUAUCUAUGUAGGAAUAUUUUCGGACUAUCUUUCACUGAGAAACAAAAAAUAUUUACCUAGUAAUUAUUUUCAUGUAAUUUCCGAGCUAAAACAUGUACAGUUUCUCCA